CAUCAUCACAACGCCAUCGAUGGCGAUGACGAUGCUAUCGUGGUGACAGCGACAAAGAGGAGCAGCAUCUCGCGCCGCGCUCAGUCACACGCGCAUCGUCGUACCAUUCUUCCUCGUUCCUCACCAUCCUCUCUCGAUCCCCUCUCUCACGCUCCCUCUCUUUCUUGGCAGGAGCGCGAAUCCGACGACGACGACGACGACGAGCGACAGGGCCGAGAUUGCAUGGCCAAGUGAUCUGCGGCACCUCUUUCAACGUCAUCAGCUGCGCGAAGAUUGCACAUCGACGCUCGACGCGCAACCCUCGCCGCUCGUCAGUGAUCUCGGCAGCAUUCAUUCGAGGGUUCGUCCGUGGGCUGUGAGACUCCUCCCUUGUCUUCUUCCUCGCCCUCGUCCCUUCCUCCAUCGCCUUCACAAUGUCAGGCAAGGGCUUCUUCGAAAAUAGUGGCGGAAUAUCGCCGACUUCUCACCCUCCCGCGGCCUCUCAUUGGUCGACUCCGCCGCCGCAAGACGCUCGCUAUGUAGACACGAGCGUAUCUCCACGUUCGACGCGGCCAUCGGUCGCUCGACAUCCAUACGCGAGCUACUCGACCGAAGCGUCAUCGUCUUCGUCCACAUCUUCGACUCCCGCGCCGAUGAAUGAAUCCAAAGCUACUGGCUUGUUCGAUUCCUUCGACUUGAGCGACGUAGGUCUCUCGGCGGGUGCUCCGGCGCCAAGAGGCGUCAGCGAAUCCAACGGCAGCUGGAGGAGGCAGGGAUCCAGUGGCAAGAGGCAGGAUAUUACACCGUGGGCUGUCGACGAUCAGGAUGACGAAGAGGAAUUGGACGAUGGCGCCUCCAUCCAGCAACGCAUACGCCCCAACCUCUCGCGACAGACUUCGUCAAUUCAGUCGUCGACGUCACAGUCUACUCUACCUGCUCGCCCCUCGACGCCGCCGCAGCACAGAUCGAUGUCAGGCGCCAGCUCCAUCUACGGCCACACCGGUGCCCAAGGCAGCGAAGCCGCCCUCAGUAUCGCUCCGACUACUCCCGGCACCAAGAAGAAGCGCAAUCCGUUUGGAUUUCUGCGUAAAAAGAGCUCAAACUUUCCAGAUCCGUCAGGCAGCUUCGUCUCACUGGCUGCAACGCUGGGCGACCAGCGCAAAGCGAGUCACACGUCGCUCUCCUCUAAGCAUUCGUCCCCUCCUCAUGCGAGCUCCUCACGGCAUCCUUCUACCUCUUUGACAGCCGCAGUUGUGAAUGAUGGCGCCAACAAGGGUCGAAAUCGUGGCGGAUCAGAUUGGCAAUCACAAGGCAUUGACGAGGAGUGGGAGGGCAUCGAUAUGGCAAACGCGGCCAAUCAUGCAGCGGCAUCGCAGGACCAUCGCGCAGCCAGCAUCAAGGAGAAGCGGCGCAGGCUUGUACGGCCACUGACAAGGGAUCGCGAGAGGAACAAGGCUGAGGAAGGCUCAUUUGGAGCGCAGGGCAAUAUAGAUGGCAGCGCUCGAUCGAAAGCCGCAGCGAGGGGCGCAGAUGUCGAAAUGACACUCGACACAAACUUUGAUCAGAUCGAUGACAUCGUCGAUACUUCGAUGCGGCAGAACUCGAUGCCUGUGGGACCAAAGGACGAGACGCUGCAGGACGGCCUAUGGAGCGCCAGUCCUGGCCAGCAGCCGGCCCUCUUCGCAGCCGCAGUGGAUCCUCUCGCAGCUGCGCCUGUCGCAGACGUGAGCUCGAAAGCUCUGCCUAGUCAGCCGGGCAGCCACUCGCCAGACGCCCCUGCACCAGGAUGGCUACUGCAGGCCCCUCCUCGAGGGCGUCAUGGCUCACUUCAAUCGCAGGUCCUCCAGCGCAACGCGAAUGCACAACGGCCGGAGGGCUUUGCCCCGCGCGCCGGCUCACGCAAAUCAUCAUUGGCCGACGCCCGUCGCGCCGCUGUGCCUACCACCACUGAUUCACCCCACUACGGCUCAACGUCUGAAGACUUGCCAUCUCCAUCGUCCAACAGUGACGUCCUCGAGGAGGCCUUGAACCAUUCGCAGACAAUCGCGUACCAGUCCAUGGCCUCGGAGCAGCGCAAGGACUCUGCAACGAGCAAGGUUAGCGCAAGAAGCGGCGUCUCUCCCAAAUCCUCUGCUGUGCAUCUUCCCUCCCUCAUUCAUGGAGCCGAUGGUGCCAAUUCUUCCUGGACGAGAGCUGGAGUAGCGGAUCCAAACUACCAGUUCCCACCCACAUCGGCCCUGCCGCUCGACGCAAAAGCGCGACAAGCGUCCAUCGCUUCAACGGGCUCAGGAAGUGGAGCCGCAGGUGGCGCGCUCAGCUCCUCAAACUGGAUGGCGCCAGACUCGUGGGCUGUCCAGCCAGACAAAGUUCGAGACUACUUGCGCGACGAGGACGGAAGCAGUCAGGACGGCGAGGAAGAUGACGACGAGGCAGAGCAGACGAUGCUUAAGGACAACAAAGGGGCCAGCGCCGCUGCAGGAGAUCGCAAGUGGUCAGCGGUGAGCAAUACGACCAACGGGGGAGGGACUUACUCCAGCGCAGGCGGACACUCGCACACAACGUCCUCCUCUGGCGCCUUGACAGCGGACCAGACGACCUUCCUCGGCAGCAGUCAGGAGGCCUCGUACAAUCUCGCUCCUAGAGGCAGCCAAGUCUCAGCGCAUAGCCUCGCCAGCUCAGACUACGAAACCGGACCGAGCCCCGUCGCUCGACAAGCGUCGCAGAGCGUAGAGCUUCUCACGUCUCCUCCUGGUAGUGCAGGUCUUGGCCCACAGCCCACGACGCCCAAGAUGGACAGGACCGUCUCUUCUCGCGGCGGUGCGUUUGGCGUCGCUGGAGGAGCGGCCGCUGCAGCAGCUAACAUGCUGGGCUUGCGUGGUAAGAAGCCGGGCACUGCUGGCUCUUCAAGACCAGGGACGGCCAACUCGACGACUGGCCCGCCCAUGUCAAGGCCAGGCACGGCUGGUACCAUCGAGGAUGGGGCUGGGCGCACUAGCUUCGGCUCAGCUGUCACGGGCGCAACAGCUACGAUGGACUCGUCCGCCGCCGGCGCUGCCGCCAAGCGUGCCCCUCUGAUGCACCAUCCUUCCCAAGCCGGCGGGCUGGGCGGCAAGGGCCACAUCAUGCGAAUCGAGACGCCAUUCGGUGUACGCACCGUCUCGAUCCCGCUGUACACGAGCACAUCAAAUCUACGAGCCAUCAUCAGCCGGAAGUCGCCGAGUGGAGCGCGAGCGUAUCGACUCUUCGUGCGGGACAAGGGUAGCGAAAGGCCAUUGGGCGAGUCGGAGAAGCCUGCAAUGCUGCAGAGGCGUCGAAUGGAGCAGGCGGGCUACACGGAGUACGACGGACUGGAUACUAUGGGCCGGGAGGACCAUUCAUACCUCUUGCGCUUCGUCUACCGUCCUGACUUAGUGCCAACAUUCGACUCAGAGUCUUUCGGCAACACAGAGGAUAACUACACCCAUCUCGACUUGCAAGGUCGCAAUCUCGAGAUGGUGCCCAUCUUCCUCUACCGUCAUGCCGACUGGAUCAACUCGCUCGAUCUCUCAGGCAACCCUAUGAGCGACGUGCCUACCGAUUUUGUGCAGCUCUGCUCCAAUCUGCGUACCUUGCGCCUCUCGAACCUCUCGCUCAAGCGCAUUCCGCAGUCAGUCAAGCACUCGGAGACGCUCACGCACCUAGACCUGUCGAACAAUCGCAUUCCGGACCUGAGUCACAUCGCGCUGGACUCAAUUGUUCAGCUCAAGUCGCUCAAAGUGCAGAACAAUCGCCUCACGGAGCUACCCUCGUACUUCUCGAGGUUGACAGCCCUCAAGCAGCUUAACGUAUCCAACAAUCGCUUCGACACGUUCCCUCAAGUCAUCUGCUCGCUGUCCUCACUGACGGACCUCGACAUCUCCUUCAACGCCAUCAGCGGCAUGCCCCCGCAACUUGGGCAGCUCACGCGGCUGCAGUCGCUUAUACUGGUCGGUAACUCCAUCGAGCAGCUGCCUGGGUGCAUGAGCCAGCUUCUCAGCUUGCGCAAGAUCGAUGUGCGUCGCAAUCUCCUGCAAGAUGUCUCAGCCCUCUUCUCGCUAGAAUCAUUGACCGAGGCUCACUGCGAGCACAAUUCGAUCAAGUCCUUCUCGGCGACGCUGGGUACCCACUUGAGGAGCAUCAAUCUGGGUCACAACCCAAUGAGCAAGCUCGCAAUCGGCUCGGGCAACGCGCCGCUGCAGCUCGUAUCUCUGAACCUGUCAGCGGCCAACUUGGCGAGACUGGAUGAGGCAUUGCUUGCUCAGCUGCCCUCGCUGUACGACCUGAUCUUGGACAACAAUCACUUCCUCGGUCUGCCCGACUCCAUCGGCGAGCUCAAGGAGCUUCGAUUGCUUUCCUGCACCAACAAUCGACUUGUCGGGCUGCCCGAUUCGAUCGGCAAGCUGAAGAAUUUGCGGCGACUGUUGGUUCACAACAACAACCUCAAAAGCUUGCCCGACUCAAUCUGGAACUGCCAGAGCCUGACCAGCAUCAACGCUUCGUCCAAUCUACUUGAGAGCUUCCCACUGCCACCUAUUUCGCCAGACGCGGUGGUGGGCGGACGUCCAAGCACCGCGGGCGCGCUCAUUGAGAACGGACGCAAGGGAUCCGCUUCGUCGGCCUCCGUCGUGGGCAUGCCCGCGUCGAGCGUGUCAGGCCCGCUGCCCUCCACUCCUCUUCUCGCCAAGUCCACUUCAGCUCUAUCGAUGUCGCUCAAGAAGCUUCGACUCGGAGACAAUCGCCUAACGGACGAAGUCUUUGCUGUCAUUGGGCUCCUGGUCGAGGUCGAGAUCCUCAAUCUCAGCUUCAACGACAUCUACGAGGUGCCCACACCUUCCUUGUCCAAGCUGGUCUUCCUCCGGGAGCUGUACCUGAGCGGCAACGACCUCUCUAGCGUGCCCACGGAUGAUUUGGUGCAGCUCAAGCUCUUGCGCAUCCUACACAUCAAUGCCAACCGCCUGCAGACCUUGCCCGCCGAGCUUGGUCAGCUGCGCAACUUGGCCAACUUGGACGUGGGGAACAAUUCUCUCAAGUACAACAUCGCUAAUUGGCACUACGACUGGAAUUGGAACUCCAAUCCCGAGCUGCGCUACCUCAAUUUGUCGGGCAACAAGCGGCUUGAGGUGAAGAGCAAGAUGACGGGCAUCGCAGGAGCCAAUCGUCGCAUGGACAUGAGUGAUUUCCAGCGGCUGGCAAGCCUGCGCGUUCUAGGCCUGAUGGAUGUGACGGUCACGCUGCAGCAGAUGCCGGACGAGCACGACAAUCGACGAGUGCGUACGUCCCUAUCGCAAGUCAACAACAUGGCGUACGGCAUUUCGGACGCGUUGGGAAAGUUCGACAAUCUCAGUCUCGUCGAUGUAGUGGUGCCCAACUUCCGCAAGGACCCCAAGGAGUGUCUGAUUGGUCUAUUCGAGGGACGCGGCCACGGCGCUCACAAUGGAAGCCGCAUCGCCAAGUUCCUUGCAGAUUGGGCCAGGCAUCGGGUCGAUCGCGAGGUGUCCGAGGCAUUGACCCAAGCUGGCACUCUCGCGCCAGAUGAGGCUCACAUUCCCAACAUCAUGCGACGAGCUUUCCUGCGCCUGCAGCAGGAGUAUGCCCUCCUCUUGAUGUCAGAGAGCAACCGCAGCCUCUCGGACGCAGCAGUCGGGGACAGCCUCGCAUCAGGUCAGCCCGCGAGCACGGCCAAGUCGCAAUGGCAGUCGGGCGCAUCGGGCGUCCUCGUCUACAUUGUAGACCAUUGCCUUCACGUUGCAAAUGCAGGAGACGCCCUCGCCGUCCUUUGCCGCGGCGGCACGGCUCAGCACAUGACGACUCGCCACGAGCCUUUUGAUCGUGACGAGACGCAACGGAUCCGCAGCGCAGAAGGAUGGGUCUCGCUACGAGGCUAUGUCAACGACUCGCUGGAUGUCUCGCGCUCCUUUGGAUACUAUCACCUUACUCCCUUCGUCAAUGCUGCCCCAGCGGUGAGCUCAAUUCAACUCAACGACUCAGACGAGUUCAUCAUCGUCGCCAGCCGAUCACUCUGGGAUCAGAUGUCUUACCAGACGGCUGUGGAUAUCGCGCGCACUGAGCGAGACGACUUGAUGAUUGCUGCGCAAAAGUUGCGCGACUUUGCCAUCUCCUACGGUGCAGAGGAGAGCAUCAUGGUCAUGAUCAUGGCGGUUGGCGAUCUCUUUGACUCGGGGUCAGGUGGAAGGCAACAUCAGCGAUCGGCAUCGCGGCUCGACCCUACGACGGAAGCGCUCAAAAAGAUGCAUCGCCGAGAACACCGCGACGAGCUGCCUACGGACCGAACCUUGGCUCGACUGGAGCGCGAGGUGGCCCCACCGAUCGGGCAGGUUGCGCUCGUCUUCACCGACAUCAAGAACUCCACGAGUCUCUGGGAGACGAAUGGCGGCAUGCAAUCAGCGAUGCGACUGCACAACAUUCUUCUCCGUCGACAGCUGCGCACCGUGGGCGGAUACGAGGUCAAGACCGAAGGCGACGCAUUCAUGGUAUCCUUUCCCUCGGUCACUUCUGCCCUGCUCUGGUGUUUUAAUGUCCAGACGCAGCUGCUUCGCGAAGAAUGGCCGCAGGAGAUUCUCGAGUCCGAAGAUGGUAAAGAGGUGGUCGACCUCGAAGGGAACGUCAUCUAUCGUGGACUGUCGGUACGCAUGGGCAUCCACUGGGGUUGGCCUGUGUGCGAGAACGACCCGGUGACGAGGAGGAUGGACUACUUUGGGCCAAUGGUCAAUCGAGCUGCCAGAAUCAGUGGCGCCGCUGAUGGUGGACAGAUUAUGGCGUCGCGCGAUGUCGUCACUGAGUUGACGGCUUUGCUGGGCACAUUCGAUGAAGCGGGCGGUGUAGCCGGACUCUCAAAGGGCGUCGAGGCGGACGAUGCGGACUUUGACGAGGAGGAGUUCCGGCUUCUACACCCCAACGUCACUCGUGACGUUGUCCUGCUGCGACGCAUGGGCUUCGGUAUCUCAGAGAUGGGCGAGAAGCGCCUCAAAGGACUCGAGACGCCAGAGAUGCUCAAUCUCGUCUAUCCAAAGCAGCUGGCUGGACGUCUAGCGACUCGCGAGGACGCACCUGCUCCUCAAGUCUUCGAACCUAUGCCGUCUUUGCUCAACAUCGAGGAGAUCAAGGCUCUCGGCAUGGUCUGCUUGCGACUAGAAGCCCUUUCCAACGCGCAGCUCUUCCCUGGGAUCCUCAACGAAGCUGACCCGGGCCAAGACGAUGCAGCAAGCGUGGCCUCGUCGUCCUUGAAUGCCACAACGAUGGCCGCAUCGUCUUCGCAGCAGCGCCUGGCUCUUGGUGCCGGGCCUGGUCGAUUGCAUCCGGCAGCUGGUCGCACACGCGCUAUGGAGCGCUACUUGGCUCUGAAGCCGGAGCUUCUCAUCGUGUCAAUCCGUGAUGAUGCUCCGGAUGAUGAGCUUGCGUCGCUCCUCGAGCAACUCGUCGUGCGCAUCCGCAACGCCAUGACGACAAUUGCUCUGCGGCACUGCCUCACAACGAGAGCUGGUGGUGGAGGCGACAAAGAAGUCGCCGCGACAUCUUCGGGCUCUCCGCAUCUUUCCCUGGAAUCCUUGGCCGCAAUCUUGGGGCCUUUUGAGGACCUCUUUCUUUGAUUGGGCCGCGACACGUCGCGGCCCAAUGAUGCUCUGCGUCUUGCCUGUUUCAUACUGUCCUGCAUCGUCAGCAGGACCCGCACCCUGUGUAAUACUAGAUUGUCACCUCUGGUCCUCUACUGCAUUCGCCAGCCAGCUAGCUCUGCGUCGAGAGUUACG